UAGCAGAGCAGCAUCGGUCCAGGUCCCAGCAGCUCCAUGGGAAAAAAAAAGACGCCGACAAGAGACGAAUAACGGUACACUCCAAUAUUUAUGGAGCUGAGGAGCGCAUAUAAUCGCACCGCAUCUGCGUACCCUCGCAUGCCGCAUACAUGAAUAAAUGUCCUCGGUGAGGGACGCGGGGAACGGGCAGACGACAACAAGCGGUCCACCAUUGUCUGCGUAGAAAUAAGAAUGGCCUGGAUGUGGAAGAGGAAGUCAUUGAUCGCCACCAGUCUGAUUGUGGUGGUGUCACUCUUCGUUGUGGUGGUGAACUACUCGGAGAAGCCUUAUUUUCUCCUGCAGCCGGUAUUUGGUCAGACAUUCAGCAACCACUGGAUGUUCUCCAAGCAGCCAUACAAGGCCUUCAAACCUCACCUGGGCUACGUCAGCAUCCCCAAGCAGGAGCCCCUGAAACUGCACUGCGAGCUCUGCAGUAUUGUGUCCAGCUCUGGUCAGAUGUUAGGCCAGGCUGCUGGCCUGCAGAUUGACCGCUCACCCUGUAUUUGGCGGAUGAACAACGCACCAACCCGUGGCUUUGAACACGAUGUGGGCUGGAGAACUACCCUGAGGGUCGUCUCACACACUAGUGUUCCCCUGUUGCUGCAGAAGCCUCAGUACUUCUUUGGCCAGGGCAACGACACAGUCUAUGUCGUGUGGGGGCCACUACGAAACAUGAGGAAGGAUGGCAAGGGCAUUGUCUACAACAUGCUCCGACAGGCGGUGGAGAACUACCCCCACGCACGCAUCUACGUCACAACAGAAGACAGGAUGAACUACUGCGACAUGGUCUUCAAGAAGGAGACAGGCAAAGACAGGAUCCAGUCGGGCUCCUAUCUCAGCACUGGCUGGUUCACUCUCAUCCUCGCCAUGGACAUGUGCAAAGAGAUCCAUAUCUAUGGAAUGAUAAAUGACACCUACUGCAAGACAGAGGGCUACAGGAAGGUUCCCUACCACUACUAUGAGGCAGGCAGCCGGGAUGAGUGUGCAGAGUACAUGCUGCAUGAGAGCGCCCCCUACGGCGGGCACCGCUUCAUCACAGAGAAGUCUGUGUUCGCCAAGUGGGCCAAGACUCAUGCUAUCAAGUUCUUCAACCCACCAUGGCAGCUGUCGUGACCCAAAUAUAUACAUAAACCGCAUCAUUGUCAUCAUAAUCAUCAAGAGGACAAGCUCUAUGCUAACAGAAAGCGUGCUACAGCGUACUCCAUUUUUCUUUUCAUAUGUUUUUUUUGUUCAAAUGUCCAAACCAUAUCCAUUGAUUAGCUUGUUGGGUAGAGGUCCUGUUUGAUUAGUUGUGGAUCCAGGCUCAUGUUUUUGACAGUGACCGCUCAAUUGAACACUGUCAUUAAAGUUUGAACAGCAGGAUGACAAUGACAAAUUUCCUGCUUCUCUAAUAUUCCACUAUAUUCUUUUUCUCAUAAAUGUGACAGCAGACGAAAGUGCACAGCAUGCUGUUCUACACUGACUAAUCAAUCCAUUUGCUGCUCUGUGAGUCCAGCAAAAGGAUGGCUCCAAGACUCAAAUAAAAAGGAAAAAACAACAUGAAGUAGAAACAACCAUCCAUCAACUUGCAGUGACCUCGGCAGCUCAGAUGUCUGCGGGCACUGUAUAUCACAACGGCUGAAUUUAAAUUUUCAUCAUGACUGUAGCUGUUGAGAAGAGCUCGGUGACUCCUGAGACGAGUCAUGUUGGACGGCUGACAAGCUUGCCGACUCCGUUUCCUCUGCGUGUCUGUCUUCUGUCAGGCUGUAAUUAAUCUAUAACGAGUAUCAUUCAGACCUUCAUCUCUGACUGAAGGAGUAUUGAAGGCAGAUGCUCUGUCAGUUUCAAUUUACACUGCUCCAUCGAAGCUUCCACAAACAAGGUCAUUUGAAAAAGAAAACACAAGCACACGGAAUGAAUGUGCUUAGCAGAUUUCAGUCUUGAAGGUAAUUCAUGUUUGGAUAUGUACAUUUUUUUCAACAUAUCUGUUUUUUUAGGUUGUUUUUUUUUUUUGGUUGAGUUUCACUGAUAAGCUGUGUGGUGACUCACACAGUUUGAAGAUGUCAGCUUUUUGUUCUUGCUGUGAAAAUGAGCUCUAAGAGAUGCGUUUAGAUGUUUGCUUGAUGUCCGGAUGGGCUGCUAAUUUAUUCUGCAGAGAUAACAUUUCCUUUAACGUUCUUUUAACAGUGUGCCAUUGACAAUGUGAGCAUCAUAGCACAUGGAGCAAUGUGCAAUUAGAAACUCCAUCCUCAUGGAAGGAGUUAAGUCAUUUGUGACCCUGCACAGAGAGAGAUUUAUGUGUGCAGUGAAACCAUUUGAAGUUAAUUGUAUUCUAUUAUCAUUUUGUGUCUGCAAUAUACUCUGCAGUUCAUUGUAUGGAGAAAGUGUAAGAUGCUUUCUCUCAUAUUCUCAUCCAGCCUUGUGCCUCUUUGUUUACAGUGUGAACACAGCUUACCAUUUGUCUUGGAUGUAGCGUUCAUGUCUUGAAGUUCAGGCCAUUACAUUUGAAUGCAUGUUUUCCAGGACAGUGAAGAAUAAUCAUGAGGUGCUGAGGCUUGUUGGCUGGAUGGUAGUGUAGCUGCCGAGGUCUGAGGCUCUCUUGCUGUGACUCCCCAGGAACCUGUGAUAACUGUCCUGCUCACAACUGUAGCCCAGAGGGAAUGACUGGCAGAAUUCAAAGACUUCUAAUUUCAGAGGCUCCAUGGCACAGGGACCCCAGACGACUAUAAUACACUGCAGCUUGAACUUCACAAGCUCCUCACUCCUGCUGAGGUUUAUGAAGAUACACACACCUUCUGUUCCAUGCAGUUUCCCAUAAAGCACAGAUUUGAUGAUUUGCAUGUUAAAAAACAUUUAACAUAGAGGCAAAAAGCCAUUUUUGACAGGCUUAGAGGUUAAAUAUUAUCAUCAUUCUGCUGACUGUAUGGCUUUUAAAAGAACUGAUUUAAAGCUAUAAAAUUUUUAACCUUUUUUGUUUAAAAAACAAAUGUAUGUAUUCCUGGACAGGCAAACCACCCACUGUAUACAUUUGAUAAGUCACAAUUUUAUUUAAGUACAUGAUAUUAUUUAAUAUUAUUUAAUGAGACAAAAUAAAUGCAUUCAUAAAUGGUUACCUGAAUGUACACUAGCCUCAUAUUAGAUUCAUUUUUACAAUUUUAAGUAAAAUUUUCUGAAACAUUCCAUGUCCUCCCAACCUGCAUUUUUUUUUUUAAAUUUUUCUCUUGUUUUGCUUUGUUUGGAAUGUUUCUAAGCAUGGACCUUUGGGCAAUGAGUUUUACUUUCUGCAUGUAACGGCAAGGUAGGGUUUCAGGACACUAAACAUAAAAGUAUUAAAACGUAGCAUGUUUGGAUACUUCGCUUUCUCUUCUCUCUGCUCUUAUGGCUAAUGAAAUGUGUGACUGCCUAUAAGACAGAGGUACACAGGAGAAAGUGUAUACUUGUGCUGCAGUGAAUUUUCUAAAAGCUUACAUUAUGGAUAUGAGGAAAUGUGAGCAUUUAUUGUUCUUUAGAACAUAGCCACUGUGAACUUUUUUUAUCAUUAACGCAGCUUGUUCUCCUUAUUUGCUCUGCAGUUCACUUGACCAUCACUCUCUCCCUUUUUCAUUCAGCAAAGAGGAGGUUUAUGAACAAUGUGUCUACCAAACUAAAAGUGAGAAAUGUUACUUAUUUUACCUUUAACAUCUACAGUUAUUUCCAUAUUUCCUAUUAAAUUAAAUAACGUUGCACAAGCAUUUGGUGUAAAUGUAAUAUGAAGAAAACUCUGCAAACAUGAUUUCUACCUUUGCCAUUUUAGAUUAAUUUUCAUUUUAAGUGGUGUUGAAAACAGUUGAAAUUUGGGCCUAAAUUUCAUCCCACACCUACAAAAACCCCUGCUCCACCAGUUGCAUUUUGUACAGAUGUAAGAAGUAGUUUAAACACACAAACAUCAGAGCUGUUGCAAGAAGCCAUAAAAACAUUGAUAUUAAAAAUAACCCAAUGCACUAGGCUUGCUGUCCUGUCUACUGCAUGCCCAAAAAAGUGACAUGUUCCAAACUGAAGCAGAAGUAGAAAUAAAGUACCACUUUGGAUACAGGCAUGCUGUCUUAAUUAGUCUCUCCUUUACAAGAUUCAUUUACACCUCUUACUCAAGGUGCAGUAAAUUACAAAGGACAACACUUGAUUGUGUUGUUACAUUUCAAGUGAAGCCAUUUGUUAAUCUAUUAUUGACCCAAUUUACCUGCUGUUAUCCUUAAGUGUAUGGACUCUGAAGUGUAAGAACAACAAUGCAGAGCCUUUAGCUCUCAAAAAUAUACUUUUACAUAAAUAUUGAUUGUAAAAACAAUCAUGAUCGCCUUUGUUACACUAUUUAAGAACAAGUUCAGCAAUGCAAAUUUAUGAAACAGCUUUUGUUCUUACAAAAUAGGUCAACAUCAGCAAAGGUCCAGACAUAUUUGAAGCUGUAAAUAAUUCUAAUCGUUAUAAAUAUGUCCAUUUCACAUAUAAAAAGACUUUCUCAUAAAGGGAAUAGAAAGAUCUUUUUCCUUGACAUGACAAUAAAAUCAAGAUUAUCUUCUUACAAUCUCAAAGCCCAAUAGCUGUCUCCCAUCCCAUCACUACAUCACCUAGUCACUGAGUCCACAUCAGCACAGU